AUGUUAAACUUAUCAUUAACACAGCCAGAUUCCUUUUGCAAUAAAAAUGACACCAGAUGCUUUUCAAAUUCUUGCCCAAACAAUUCUACAUGCACUGGUCUUUCAAAAACAAAUUGCCUGUAUUCAGACACAACCAAUAAUUUGAAUAAAGACUGUGACAACAUAAAAGAUCCUUGUUUCUCUAAUCCCUGUCAGCAAAACGCUUCUUGUGUGAACACCAGAGAAAUGGGCUCUCUGUGCAAGUGUCCUCCUGGCUACAGUGGGUUGACCUGUGAAACUGCUGUUGCUGCCUGUGGCACAAACUUCUGCCAACAUGGAGGGGUUUGCCAUCAUGACCCUGGUCACCCAGUCUGUGUCUGCCCUGCUGGCUGUGUUGGAAGCUUCUGUGAGAUUGAUCAGUAUGAGUGUGCAUCCAGCCCUUGCCACAAUGGGGCUUCAUGUCAAGAUGAAAUCAAUGGCUGUAUCUGCUUCUGUGUCCCCGGAUAUCAAGGCAGCCACUGUGACUUGGAAGUGAAUGAAUGUGUUUCAGAUCCCUGCGAGGAUAAGGCUGUAUGCCUCAAUGAGAUAGGAAAAUACACUUGUGUCUGUCCCCAAGCUUAUACUGGUGUGAACUGUGCAUUGGAAAUUGAGGAAUGUUGGUAGCAGCCCUCUCUAAAUGGUGCAACUUGUCAGGAAGCUCUAGGUUAUCUCUGUGCCUGUGCCCCUGGAUUUCAAGGAGACCACUGUGAAUUCAACCUGGAUGAGUGUGCCAGUCAGCCUUGCCUCCAUGGCGGGUUCUGUGUGGAUGGAGACAACAGAUACAGCUGUAACUGUGUGGAUAGCCAAUUCACAGGGACACACUGCGAGACCUUAGUGCCUCUAUGGUGGUCAAAUCCCUGUCAUAACAAUGCUACAUGUGAGAACAGUUUGGACAAUUACAAGCGUCGCUUUGGACCUCAGUACACGGGUGCCCAGUGUGAGAUGGACAUCAAGGAGUGCCAUAGUACCUGCCAGUCUGACGUGGAACGUGUGGAGCUGUCUUCACAGAAACAAUACGGAUGAAUUGCCGGGCUGCCCUCUGCAUUCAGCUAUCAUGAGGCCACAGGCUAUGGUUGCAUCUGUCCGCCUGGAUUUACAGGGAUUCACUGUGAAGAGGACAUCAACGAAUACUCUUCAAAUCCUUGCCAAAAUGGUGGUACCUAUGAAAACUUGCCUGGAAACUAUACUUCAUGCCCACUUGAUAAUCAUUCUGGCACCUUUUUUGGAAGUGUAGACUGUGCUGAUAUUCUUCUAGGCUGUACCCAUCACCAAUGCCUAAAUAACGGGACAUGCACCCCUGACUUCCAAGAUGGCCAGCAUGGAUUCAGUUGCCUAUGUCCAUCUGGCCACACUGGGUCACUGUGUGAAACUGGCACCACACUUUCUUUUGAAGGCAAUGGCUUCCUGAGGGUCACAAGUCGUUCAGAAACAACCAAGGGCUCAGUUUGUAACACAGCCCUUAAGUUUAAGAUUGUUCAAGUAACGGCACUUCUAUUUUUCCCAGGAGACAGGGACACAGUUGUAAAGCUUGAGUUGCUAAAUGGUCAUAUUCACGUAUUAAUUCAAGUCAAUAAUCAGUCAAAAGUGCUUCUGUAUAUUUCCCACAAUACCAGUGAUAGAAAGUGGCAUUCUGUGGGGAUAACGUUUGCAGAGGCUGUGACUCUUAUUUUACUAGACAACUCCUGUGCAGAGAAAUGCAUCAUGAAAGCACCUUCCCCGUUUAAAAGGGAUCAACCAAUAUGCACUUUUCAAAACUCCUUUUUGGGUGGUUUACCAAUAGAAAAGACCAGCAAUGAUGAUGUUCUGCUUAAUGCCUAUCACACACCAUCCACACCUUCAUUUGUAGGCUGUCUGCAAGACAUUAAGUUUGAUUUGAAUUACAUUACCUUGGAGAACAUUUCAUCCAGCUCAUCAUUAAGCAUCAGCUCAUCACUAAACAUCAAGGCAGGCUGUGUGAGAAAGGACUGGUGUGAAAGUCAACCUUGUCAAAAUAGAGGACAAUGCAUCAACCUGUAGCUUCGUUACCAGUGUGAUUGCCACAGGUCCUACACUGGUCUGAACCAUCUAAGAGCUGAGAGAAGACUGGGCUCCCCAGGAGUGCUGUGGCUCAGAGCAGAGCAGCAACCACAAAAACUGCCAGAUUGCAAUAAUAAUAAUAUCUGUAUGCAAGGGCUCUGUGUUGCAAAUAAUAUGAAAGAAAGGAACACAGUGCCUAGCCCAUACAUGGUGGCCAUUAGCAUGACAAUCGUGACUCUUAAUAAGGGUAUUACAAAUGCUGUUUUUAAUGGACCAAGCAGUGGAACAUUACUCAGGAGCAAUGGAUAUAUUACCAGAGAUCUCACCAACAUCACAUUUGGUUUUAGAACAAGUAAUAUAAAUGGGAUAAUAUUACAUUCAGAGAAAGAGCCUGACUUUCUUAAUAUCAAUAUUCAAGACUCCAGAUUGUCAUUUCAAUAGCAAAGUGGUAACAGUUUUUAUAUGAUGAGUCUGACAAGUUUGCAGCGAGUAAAUGAUGGCACAUGGCACCAAGUGACCUCCAUGACAGACUCACUGGGCCAACCCUCCAAGUGGCAAAUGGGAAUGGACAACCAAACACCAUUUGUGACCAGUACAGUUGCUACAGGAAACCUCAACUUUUUAAAGGCGGACACAGAUUAUGUUGGUGACCAAACUUUGGACAAUAAGAAUGGCUUGCAAGGGUGUAUCGGUGGUAUUUAUCUCUCUUACUCUGAAAAUGUUCAUGGUUUCACUGGUAAUCCUCAGGAAGAGCAGUUUCUCAAAAUCCCUACAAAUUCAGCGGUCCCUGGCUGUUUGGAGGUGAAUGCCUGCAACUCCAACCCCCAUUUGCAUGGUGGAAAUUGUGAGGAUAUCUACAGCUCCUAUCAUUGCUCCUGUCCCUUGGGAUGGUCAGGCACACACUGUGAACUCAACAGUGAUGAAUGCUUUUCAAACCCCUGUAUCCAUGGUAACUGCUCUGACAGAAUUGCAACCUACUUUUGCAGUUGUGAGCCUGGAUACAUGGGUGUGCACUGUGAAGUAGAGCUAGACACCUGCAGGAGACACCAGUGUGUAAACGGAGCUACCUGCAUCAGUGACACUAAUGGCUAUUCUUGUCUCUGCUUGGAGAACUUUACAGGAAAUUUUUGCAGGUGAGCCAGAUUACCCUCAACAGACUGUGGGAAUGAGAAGACAAAUCUCACUUGCUACAAUGAAGGUGAAUGCACAGACUUCCAGGGUGAAUUCAAAUGCAAGUGCCGGCCAGGUUUCACUGGAGAACGGUGUGAAAAGGACAUUGAUGAGUGAGCUUCUGAUCCGUGCUUCCAUGGAGGCCGGUCCCAGGACUUACUCAACCACGUCCAGUGGCUCUGUGAUGUUGCGUUUGCUGAUGAGCACUGUGAAGUAGAUAAGAGCGGCCUCUCCUUUUAUAUCUCUCUCUUACUCUGGCAGAAUCUCUUUCAGCUCCUUUCUUACCUCAUUCUGCACAUGAAUGAUGAACCAGUUGUUGAGUGGGGAGAACAGGAAGACUACUAA